AUGCAAUGUAUGAAGAUGCUUCUACAGCAUGGUGCGGAUCCGAAUAGUCUCAUGCUUGAAGGCGUGACCCCGUUACAUCUAGCUGCGGCAGGAGGAUGGAUUCCAGGUAUCAAAUUACUGAUGGAACAAGAUGUCUUUAUCGAUGCUAGGGAUGCGCUUCUUUUCGAGACAGCGCUACACAAAGCAGCACGGAAUUGUGAGCAUAGCGCGAUUGCAAAAUUGUGUGAGCUGGGGGCGAACCAGGACGCGAAGAAUGUGGAUGGUCUGACUUAUAGGCAAAUUCUGCAAUUCGCAACGGAAGCGCCGAAGGAGUGGAGGGUUGCUUCGCACUUGGGGGUCUAUAUUAGCCAGGGUGUAUGGCAAUUGACUCAUGACGCCUGA